AAAACUAGUCAAACCCACCCACUUUUGUUUGUUUUAAUUGUUUUAGUUAGACACUCAAAAAACAACACAGAAGCUACUACCAAUUGAUGAUUUCCACCAACAUUUUUGGUUUUCGCGUUGUGAAUUGAUUGAAAUAGAAAUAGUGAAUUCCACAAUUUCUAUUCCAGUUCUGCAAAAUAAAUACAUACCAAGUCAAUAUAUAUCAUAUCAAUCAUUGGAGUUCAAGUUCUCUAAAAAUGGACGGUGGGGAUGAAUAUUAUCAUCAGACGAAGGUGGUUGUGUCUUCUGAGGAUGUUGGUAUUGAUCAUGAUCAUCAGAUGGCUCUGUGGUCUUCAUCAUCUGGAGCUACUAAUGAUUCUUUAACAAUGUUGGGAACCAUUUGGGAUCUGCAUGGAAUGUAUCUGCCACCACCACCACCCCCACCAUUACCACCAUCUAUGGCUUCUUACAGCCGUCUGAUUGAUCAGCAAACCUCAAACUUUUUUGAUCAGAAGGUGACCAAACAACCCUGCCUCUUUACAGAGAUGGGAAGGAUUCGUUUGCAAAGUGGGUUUGAUAACAUUGCACCACUUCAAAAUCAGCAAAACUACUCUUCACAUGAAAGACCGCCUAAUUGUGAUGCUUAUCAGCUAAUCAAGCAAAAAGCCAAGUGUGAAGAAGAAGAAGAAGAGGAAGAAGAAAAUGAAGAGAAACAAAAGGCUGAUCAUACCAUUACCAUCGGUACAAGCCGGUGUGGGGAAGUUAUGGGUAAACAAGGCAAAAGGGAAGCCUUGAAAGAAGGACAAGGUCGAUCCAAAGCUGGUCAGUCAAUGAGCAGUCACAGCCUUGCAGAAAGAGUAAGAAGAGAAAAGAUUAACGAACGGAUGAAAUUUCUUCAAGAUCUUGUUCCAGGAUGUGAUAAGAUCACUGGAAAGGCGCUAAUGCUUGACGAGAUUAUCAACUAUGUCCAGUCUUUGCAACGUCAAGUGGAGUUCCUGUCUAUGAAACUUGCUGCUGUCCAACCGGAAAUGAAGCCCGACAUGCAACGCUUUUAAUGAAAGAUAUUGAUCGUUCACAGAGUUGCAGUACCACUGCUUUAUGAUCCGGGGUCCGAUUGAUCUAUCGAAAGAGUAUAUACAAGGCCUUCCGGCUUCAUCAAAGCUUUGACUCAAUUAGGAAUAAUCAAUGUGAUUUCACAUGCUAACCCAAGAACUUCCAUGUCUAAUCCCAGCUGAUCUUUAGAACUUAUGGUGCUCUUUGAUGCGUACUAUGCAGUCAACUUAAUUGGGAAUUUAAUUGUAUUACUUUAGGAAUUAAUGGGUCUAUUUAUUUUUAUGUAUCUUGGUAAAUACAGGUGUCUAUUUAAUUUCCCAUUAUAUCUC